GUUAUUAGCACAUGCGGUAAGAGAAGUAGAAUCAGACUGUAGUACUUACUACUUAGUAGUAAACAUUUAUUCGUCUAGACAUGUUAUUCAAAUUAAAAAUUAUACAUUUGUAAAUACCCAUACACAUUUUCAAAACGUAUGGAGCACUAUUUUUAUAGUGCUUAGCGUGUACCCACGUCAGCAUGGUCGAUUAUUUGUCCUAGACCACAUACACCCGUUAACCUGAUAACACACGGGCAUAUGGAAGAUUCGGAAACUUCCCAACUUCCCAGUGCUUUUAGGGUUUCCUUUCCAAAUAAUAUUCUAAUACACAGGAGCCCCUAUGGAGACUAACGGAAAAUCGAACGACUUUUUCAGCCAAAUCCAUAGGAAUUAUCUAUUGAAACCAAACCAUGUGCAUAAGAAAAAAAAUAUUAGCCGAGUGCGAAUAAAAUGAUUAGAAAAAUCUGCUGAGUCACAGCUGUUAACAUACCACACGCUAUGGCUUGCGUUUGUUGUCACUAUGCCAUGUCUAGCUCCUGGAAUGAGUUUUGGAUAUUCUGCCAUAGUAUUGGAUCAAUUAUCGUUGACAGUUAGUGAAGCCUCUUGGUUUGCCAGUCUACCGUCUACAUUGAUGCCAGUGGGUUGUCUAAUUAGUGGACCGUUGAUUGAUCGACUAGGACGUAAAACAGCGUUAAUGGUCGUCAAUUUCCCGUCCAUUUUGGGAUGGCUAUUCCUAGCUCAGCAACCGGCUGAUUUGACCGUUCUGUACGUAGGACAACUACUGGUAGGCCUGUCGGUGGGCAUGGCGUCGACCCCCGCCACGAUUUACGCCGCCGAAUGCAUAACCGUCAAUUUCACAGGGCUCAGAGGUUGUUUUACUAUUUUGGCUUCGAUUAUGCUUAACUUCGGUAUGUUCCUGACUUACUUGCUGGGUCUGCUGUUACCCGCGUUCGUGGUCGCCUACAUCGCGGCGGUCGUUUCGUUUACAUCUCUGUUGGCCAUUUGUCUACUGAUACCGGAAAGCCCUCCGUGGUUGUUCGAGCAAGGCCGACACGGAGACGCCGAGUUCUCGCAAAAAGUGUUGCGCAUAACCCAGCCCAUCCUGCAAACGCCCAAAGCGGCGGCGGCGGAAACGACCGUCGAAAAACCCGCGCAACAAACGGAAUUCUUCGUCAGACUUCGCGACCCGGACGUCUACAAACCCAUCGUGAUCAUGACGACGUUUCUAUUUUUCCAACAGUUCAGCGGUUCGUUCGUGCUGACCACGUACUUGAUCCAGAUAUUACAAAGCCUAAACGUGACGACGAACGACUACUUGGUCACGUUGGUGGCCGGGUUCACCAAUCUAGCGGCCAUGGUCAUUUUGUCGGCGCUGCUGACGAAAAGCGGUUUCAAGCAAUUGGCGUUGAUAUCCUGUGCCGGUGUAUCGGUGUCGAUGUUGUCUCUGUCGGCGUACCUGUACCUGAAGGUCGACGACCAAUUUUUGACCAACGUGGUGGUCAUAACUUGUAUACUGUUCUAUAUGGCGAUGAACGGGCUCGGGCUGAGACCGAUACCGUACGCAAUGCUCGGUGAAGUUUUCCCGACCGACGUGGCCGGCGUGGCCGGUUCGUUUGCCGCUUGCAGUUCUUCUGUAUUUAAUUUUAUCGCUAUCAAAUUAUUCCCAUACCUCCGGCUGUGGAUCGGAUCCGGAGUGUUUAUUAUGUACGGCGUACUGGCGUUGUGCGCUUUAAUUUUCGUCGACAAAUGUCUCCCGGACACCAAAGGUAAAACCAUAAAACAAAUCAGCGACGGUUUCAAUAAUUGUAAAACGGAAAUAAUAAUUUAAACUUACUAACUUAGAAGAUAUUUGGAUCUCAAUUUUUUUUUUUUGCUUAUAAGUACGAAAACUUUUGAAUUUAUGUUCUUUUUUUUCUACCUAUGUAUUUUAUAGUUAUUAAACACAACGUUAAAUUGCGUUAAAUUGUGACAACUUAUAAAAUAUCAAAAUUGCGAUUAUAACACCUAUGUAUUCAUAAUAUAAUGUUGAUUACGUUUUAUUGUACACCUAUAUUCUGUAUUUAAUAAGUAACGACUAUAAUACUCUGUCGUAUGUCAUUCGAAACACUUGAUGACCGUCUCUGCUGAUUUAUAGAAAAAGACAUAGCGCAACAAACGGUUCUACAAAAUUCGGACGAGUUGACCAAAAUUUUAAACUGUUGCUGUACGAAAGAGUUUUUCACGAGGAACCCACAUCUGCCUUCAAAAUUAAGAUAAAACUCAUAAUUCGACAAUUUUCUAAAAAAAAAAAAAUUGUAUUACAAAAUAGCAC